UGCGCCAUCUUGCCUCUCCCUGCCUACGAGGAGCCGAGUGCGGAAGUGGAAACGCACUGUGCGGGCUCAUGGUUCCGCCUGUGGACGGCUUGUCAGAUCUCCCCGCGGACGCAGCCUGCUUUUUAUCUAACUGAACCACUUCGCAUCGACAGAGACCCGCGGAGAGAUGGCUGGACGGCUACCGGCAUGUGUUGUGGACUGCGGCACUGGAUACACCAAACUGGGCUACGCCGGGAACACGGAACCUCAGUUCAUCAUUCCAUCAUGUAUUGCCAUCAAAGAGUCGGCCAAGGUUGGAGACCAGGCCCAGAGGAGAAUGAUGAAGGGCGUGGAUGACCUGGACUUCUACAUCGGAGAUGAAGCUGUAGACAAACCCUCGUAUUCCACUAAGUGGCCGAUUCGUCACGGGAUCGUGGAGGACUGGGACCUCAUGGAGCGCUUCAUGGAGCAGAUCAUCUUCAAGUACCUGAGGGCGGAGCCUGAGGAUCACUACUUCCUGCUGACAGAGCCGCCUCUCAAUACCCCAGAGAACAGAGAGUACACAGCAGAGAUCAUGUUCGAGUCCUUCAAUGUACCAGGACUGUACAUCGCUGUGCAGGCGGUGCUGGCUCUCGCCGCCUCCUGGACGUCCAGACAGGUGGGAGAGAGGACUCUGACAGGGACGGUCAUCGACAGUGGGGACGGAGUCACUCACGUCAUCCCUGUGGCUGAAGGUUACGUAAUCGGCAGCUGUAUAAAGCACAUUCCCAUCGCAGGACGUGACAUCACCUACUUCACCCAGCAGCUUCUGAGGGAGAGGGAGGUGGGCAUCCCACCGGAACAGUCACUGGAGACGGCCAAGGCAGUGAAGGAGCGUUUCAGCUACGUGUGUCCUGAUCUGGUCAAAGAGUUUAAUAAAUACGACACGGACGGCUCCAAGUGGAUCAAACAGUACACGGGCAUCAACGCCAUCAGUAAGAAGGAGUUCACCAUCGACGUGGGCUACGAGCGCUUCCUGGGGCCAGAAAUCUUCUUCCACCCUGAGUUUGCCAACCCUGACUUCACUCAGCCAAUCUCAGAGGUCGUGGACGAGGUCAUUCAGAACUGUCCCAUCGACGUCAGACGUCCUCUCUAUAAGAACAUCGUUCUGUCCGGAGGUUCCACCAUGUUCAGGGACUUCGGCCGUCGUCUGCAGAGAGACUUGAAGAGAACAGUCGACGCUCGGCUAAAGAUGAGUGAGGAGCUGAGUGGAGGGAAACUGAAGCCUAAACCCAUCGAUGUCCAGGUCAUCACUCAUCAUAUGCAGAGAUACGCAGUUUGGUUUGGAGGAUCCAUGUUAGCAUCUACUCCCGAGUUCUACCAGGUGUGCCACACCAAGAAGGACUACGAGGAGAUCGGGCCGAGCAUCUGUCGCCACAACCCCGUCUUUGGAGUCAUGUCCUAACUGAGGAGGAUCUCUGCAGCGGGGGGGGGAGGGGGAGAGAA